AUGUUGAAAUGGCGCACUGUUUUGUUUGGAGUCAUCUUAGCGAUAAAUUAUUAUUUAGCAUUCAAAUACAAUUCAAAAGUUGUUCAUGUGGAUAGUAAUGAACUUAAUAAUUAUAAACUGAGUGAGGUAUUGUAUAAUCCAUUGGCUAAAGGACAACCCAAACUUGCAACUAACCAAUAUCUUACAAAAACAUUUCCUUCCAGGAACUUAACGCAAAUUGGAAGAGAGAAUGCAACAAUUGUGAUGUUGGUAAGAAAUAGUGAGUUAGAAGGAGCUUUAUCUUCAAUGAGAUCAUUAGAAGAUAGAUUCAAUAGAGAAUUUAAAUAUCCUUGGGUAUUUUUAAAUGAUGUACCAUUUGAUGAUGAAUUUAUUGAAAAGACAACAUUAAUGGCAAGUGGGAAAACAUACUACGAAUUAAUACCAGAAAAAGAUUGGCAACCUCCUUCAUAUAUUAAUGAGACGAAAUUGAAUGAAAAUUUGUAUAAUUCUAGACAAAGUGUUUUGUACGGAGGAGUUCGAUCUUACAGAAAUAUGUGUCACUUUAAUUCUGGAUUUUUUUACAAGCAGAAAAGACUAUUAAAUUAUGAUUGGUAUUUUAGGGUGGAGCCUGAUGUUGAGUAUAUGUGCGAUUUUCAGUAUGAUCCAUUUCAAUUAUUGAGAGAGAAUAACAAAGUCUAUGGAUUUAUUAUAGCCAUUACUGAGUAUGAAAAUACCAUACCAACUUUAUGGGAAACAGUUGAAAAAUUCAUGGAGAAAUAUCCUAACCAUUUACAUGAAAAUAAUGCAUUGAAAUUUUUGACUACCCAUGAAACAUCAUUGACUCAUCAUAUGAAAUUCUCAAACACAACUACUGAUUAUAAUCUAUGUCAUUUUUGGUCAAAUUUUGAAAUAGGCAAUUUGAAUUUUUUCAGAAGUAAAGAGUACGAGACUUUUUUUAAAUUUUUGAGUGAAGCUGGGGGUUUUCAUUACGAAAGAUGGGGAGAUGCUCCGGUUCAUUCGAUCGCUUUAAGUUUGCUAGCUGAUAAGAAUUCUAUUCAUCAUUUCGAAGACAUUGGUUAUUAUCACGCACCAUUUUUAGCAUGCCCACAUUCGGAAGAUAUAAUUGCGUCCAAAAGAUGUAUUUGUAAACCAAGAGAUCUGCUGGAGAAUAUAAAUAGAACGAUAGAUGUUAAUGCCCAUAGCUGCUUAUCGAGAUGGUGGAAGUACGGAGGUGGAAAAACAUUUUUAAAUGAAAUUGACUACAAAAGAUGGUAA